CAGCUGUUAAAGCGUUUGUGGCAGAGUAGAUAGUUCCUUUGGUUUCCAAGGAUACGUCAGAAGACAGCCUUGUCAGAAGGUGCGAGGACCUCCGGAGGUGUGCGUUAGGAUGGGUAGAAGGUAGAAGGGAGUCAUGAGAGAGAAGACAUGCGAAAUAAUGUUGCGACGUUUUCGAAGGCGGCACGAUGGAACAAUUGGACAAGGAAAGGCAAAAUUGUAAUGAAAGAGCCCUUCAAUGGCUCAAUCGUUCAGACAACGUAGCGCCGUCCAGAUUUUGGAAACUCACCGACUGCUUCUAUUCUCUCAGACAAACUCCCCAGUCUGCGCAUCGCCAGAACAGUUACAUGGAAGUCCGUAAGCCAGCGUUGGAGCUGAAAGAUGUUCCUCCCCCUCCUCUCCAUAGUGCAUCUCAGGAGCAUCUCCCUCUGUCUUCCGUUUGCCACCUCCCUCCUACAGACACCCACCCCCCCAAGCCCCAGCCCAGUAACCCUAAAGUAAGCCUGUGCUCUCACUGUGAGUCCAGCCUGCACCUCCAGCAGAGCCCUAGCUCCCUCAAAGCCAGAGUCCAUGGUUUCGGUGCCAUUGGUGGUGGCUGUAGCGCAAAUGCAAACACUGGUGGUGGGCCUUCUGCACUUCACUUUUCUCACCCACAGGACAACCCCUGCACUGGCCCCGGCCGUAGCCAUGCUCCCUACCCGGCGGCCCCCCUCCACGGGACUGGCCAUGCGGCCCAGCUGCAGACACCACAGAGCUUCGGCCUCCGGAUGCCAUCAGUGGCCACAUCUCAGCCUGUGGCAGCACACGCCACCCCCCCCUGCUGUGCAGGCCUCAGGCACCUCCGCCCAUGGUCCUCUAUCCCUGUGGGCUGUGUACAGUCCAAUCUUGCACUUGGCUCCACCUCCGCCCAUGGGCCCUGCCCUGCGCCAUCUGGGUGCUGCCACUGUGUUGGGGAGCAUCGGGCAGAGCAGUGUACACAUUUGCAUGGUGAUGUGGCCUCCUCUACUCACCACUGCUCUAACCCUUUACACCUCAAUGUUGAGCACACCACAGUCUGUCUGAAAGGAAUGCACUGCUGCCACCACUGUUUGAGAAAGGGGCCCUUUGCCACUGACCCCGAGAAAGUUUGGCCUGACAUUCCUCCUCCACUGUCCCACUCUGCCCCUGCUCCCAUCCCUGUGUGUAACGGCUGUAGUGCACCUGGAGCCUCCGGCGAUGGCCUUAUCCUGCACACCAGCAGCCUGUGCAAAACCAGCCAGAAAUAUGGCUCUCCUGAGAGUGGUGGGCAGGAGUCUUUGCCCCCAGUGGGGGUGUUUUGGGACAUAGAGAACUGCGCAGUGCCCAGUGGUCGUUCGGCUGCCACAGUUGUCCAGCGACUGCGUGAGCGCUUCUUCCAGGGUCACCGCGAAGCUGAGUUCAUCUGCGUGUGUGACAUCAGCAAAGAAAACAAGGCCGUCAUCCAGGAACUCAACAACUGCCAGGUGACUGUUGCUCAUAUAAAUGCAACAGCCAAAAACGCUGCCGAUGACAAACUGCGGCAGAGUCUGCGCCGCUUCGCCGAGACCCACACCGCUCCUGCCACCGUCAUUGUGGUUUCUUCUGACGUGAACUUUGCCAGUGAGCUGAGUGACCUGCGCCAUCGUCAUGGUUUCCAGGUCAUCCUUGUGCACAAGAGUCAGGCGUCGCCUGCUCUUCUGCAGCACGCCCACCUGCACGUGCCCUUUGAGGAUUUGGUCUUGGAGCUGCCACCCAGAAUGCUUAUCAAGUCAGAGCCCUGUUUGAACCUCCUCUUUGUGCACAACCUCCCCACGCACCGCGACGCCAAGGCCGUCAGUAGCAGGCUUCAGCGCCUGUCCAAUAACUGCGGCGGGAAAGUGCUGGGUGUGUCCGGCGGCACCGCCGUGCUCCGAUUCGCCAGUGCCGAGGCGGCCGAGCGCGCCCGCAAGCGCAUGGAGAAUGAGGACGUCCUGGGGAACCGCAUCACGCUCUCGUUCUCCCCUGAUGGGCCGCAGGAGGAAGAAGAGGAGCGGCCCCGGCUUCCUGCCGCUGCCGCCUCCUCUUCCUCCUCUGCUGCCCUGUUCCUCCCUGUGGAGAAGCCGCGGUCACCACGGCGCCCCAGGCGGGCCUCGCGGUCAUGCCAGAGCGGCAGAGACGCAGGGGUAAAUGUUCCGGAAAGACCCUACAGCCCAAGGAAAGGGGGGCAUGCCUCUUCCUGCAGCCCAGUGAUGAAGGCCCUUCCCCAGGACAUGAGCGGUAUGGAGUCUAGGCCCCGGACAGGCUUUCCUCCAGAGAAAGGCCGUGCUGCCUCCGCAUCUCCUCAGGCCACUGGCCCCGCCCCUCAGCUGCAGCCUGCCAAGUCCAGCUUCUCAGAGCUCCAGCAACGUGGCCGCAGACGAGACUCGUAUAGCUUGCGCAGUGCUACAGACUCUCCCCUGGAGCCGUUCCAGGUGAGCACUCCAUCAGCCUUCAGCAAGCUCAACCUGCACACCUCCUUCAGCCCCCUGAUGUGCUCCCAGGGGGCCUGGUCCUCAAGAAGUGCAUCCCCGUGCCUGUCCAACCGUUCCUCGCCGCUGAGUGUCGCCUCCCGUAGCCCCUGUCCUGAUUCUCAGUCCGAGCCCUUCUCUGAUGGUGCAGACAUUCAAGUUGCCAACCUCGACUACAGGAUGUCACGCAAAGAGCUGCAGCAGAUCCUGCUCGACACAUUUGCCAAGCAUGGCAGGGUGAAGAGCGUUGAGCUCAGUCCUCACACAGACUACCAGCUGAAGGCCAAAGUGCAGAUGGGCUCCCUGCAGCAGGCGAUUGGAGCCGUCAGCGUUCUCCACCGUUACAAGAUUGGCAACAAGCGUAUUCACGUCUCCCUCAUUACUGGCGCCAAUAACAAGUCCCUUGCCUGCCUCAGCUCAGAGAUCAUAAGCAUUCUACAGGAUUCUCCAGCCAACUGUCUUCCACUCUUCAAAUUCACUGAAAUUUAUGAGAGAAAGUUUGGGCGCAAGCUGGCGGUGAGCGAGCUUUACCGUCUCCCAGAGGUGGUGGCGGUGCGGGAGCAGGGUGGCGGGCGGUUGGUGUGCCUCCUCUCCAGCAGCCUGGCCAGGCACAGCCCGUUGGGCUCCUCCCAGUCCCAUGAGGGCUCCUCCACCAGCGGUAGCCCAGUGGUGUUUGAGGAGCUCGAAUAUCAUGAGCCUGUCUGCAAACACCACUACACGCAGCACCAGUUCAGCGAGGCGGACUACGACCCUGAUACGUACAAGAUCCCGUUUGUGUUGGUAUCUCUGAAGGCCUUGGCUGCUCACGUGCACAGUCUGCUGCAGUCUCACGAAGGAACUGUCCCCUUGCUUAGCUUCCCAGAAUGCUAUGCGGCAGAAUUCAAUCCGCUGACUGUAGCGGAGGAGGGGAAGUUGGAGGGGAGCGUUCCUUUGGAACAUCUAAUCACCUGCAUACCUGGUAUCACCAUAGUAACCGCACAGAAUGGCUUCAAGGUCAUCAAAUGGAUCCACAACAAGCCCCCACCACCCAAUGCAGACAUGUGGCUGCAGCGCUGUAAGAGUCCGGUGGGUAACCCGCAGUUGGUCCAGUUCAGCCGAGAGAUCGUGGACCUGAUGAAGAACCAGCCCUCCUGCCUGAUUCCCAUCACCAAGUUCAUCCCUGCCUACCACCACCACUUUGCCAAGCAGUGCCGUGUGUCGGAUUAUGGCUACUCCAAACUGCUGGAGCUGCUGGAGGCUGUCCCACAUGUACUGCAGAUCCUGGGUCUGGGCUCUAGGCGGUUGCUGACCCUCACACACAGGGCACAGGUGAAGCGCUUCACUCAGGAUCUGCUCAAACUACUCAAGUUCCAGGCUAGCAAACAGGUCGUCAUCAAGGACUUCAUGCAGGCAUACCACUGGUGUUUCUCCAGAAACUGGCAAGUGAUUGAUUAUGGCAUGUGUGACCUGAUGGAUCUGUUGACUGAGAUUCCUGACACCACAAUCACCAUCACACAGCAGGACUCGGACAUGAUCAUAUCCAUACCCAAGAGAGAUCGGACAGCGGAGGAGGUGGAGCACACGCGACAGUUCGGUAAGGAGGUGGUGGACCUGCUGCGCCACCAGCCGCACUUCCGCAUGCCCUUCUGCAAGUUUAUCCCCACCUACCACCACCACUUUGGGCGCCAGUGCAAACUCGCUUACUAUGGUUUCUCUAAGCUGGUGGAACUGUUCGAAGCCAUCCCCGAUGUGCUCCAGGUGCUAGAGUGUGGGGAGGAGAAGGUGCUGGCCCUGACCGAGGUGGAGCGGGUCAAAGCACUUGCAGCCCAGCUGGUCAAGCUCCUCCGUGCUCAGAGAGACUGCAGUCUGCCCAUCAGCCAGCUGCUCACAGAGUACAGCAGGACGUAUGGCUAUGGCCUCCGUCUGCAGGACUACGACGCUGACACGCUGCCUGCCCUGCUUGCCAAACUGUGUCAUGUCGUCAAGGUGGUAGAUGGAGUGGAAGAGAAGGAGGUGCAGCUCAUUAACAGGAAAUCUCUGCGUGCACUCACAUCCCAGCUGCUGGCUGUGAUGAUGUCACUUCCUAAUGACCACAACUGGCUGCUAGUGGAGACACUGCGCAGGCAGUACGAAUCAAUGUAUGAUACACCGCUCAACCCUUGCGAGUACGGCUUCGUUUCACUUAGUGAGCUGCUCAAGAGUCUGCCUUAUCUGGUGGAGUUGUUUGAGGGUGAGGAUGACCAUGGCAAGUCAGAAGAGCGAGUAAGGCUAACUCGGCUGUACCAGUUCGCGAGGGAUGUCCGUGCACUUCUGCACACCUACCACUACAACCAAAUCUUCCUGACCGAGUUUUGGGGCGCCUUCAGCAAGUACACGGGUUGUGAGUUCCAGCCGCGUGACUAUGGCUACGCUACUCUAGACGAGCUCCUGGCUGCAGUACCGCAGGUAGUGUGGAUCAAAGGCCAUGGUCACAAGAAGAUCAUAGUACUGAGGAAUGAUAUGAAAGCACGCAGCAGCCCUACUAGCACAGACAGCCCUCAGCCUGAGGAGGCCCCAGAGAAUCAGAGCCCUUCUAGUACUCAAGAAUCCAGCACACAUAGCCAAGGUGGCAGUCCAGGUGAGGCGGAGCUGCUGUGCCUUAGCUCCGCCUCUCCAGUGGACCUGCUCUGUGGGCCUGUUCCAUCCUGCCUGCCCUCCCCUCAGCUUCAUCCCGACCCGGUUCUGCUCCAGCACCGAGACCUCAUCCGCUUUGAGGAGCAGUUGUACAUCCAGCCCACAGGGGGGGCAGGUGAGCAUCCUCUGGUGCACAACCACCAACCCCAAGCAGCUCAGAUGCCUGCCGACUACGCCACAGAGUGUCACAAAACUUCAGACUCUGAGAACCAAAUUGCAGAUAUAUCAGUCGUCAUAAUAUCGAAAGUUCAAGGUGACACAGUGCCUCAAACUGCAGAUCCUGAGUCACGCAGUGCAUCGGGCUCAGUGGUGACCAAACCACCACAACUACCAAAUGUCAAGCCCUCGGCUACGGACAGUCCCAGCAAAAGACCCUCCCGGAACAAAGUCAGGAUUGCGGCUAACUUCUCCUUCUCCCCAGCCCCUUCAGUGUAAAAGUCCGUUCUUGCAUCUGAUUCUGAAAAGUCACAGAUGUUUUGUUUUCCCUGCUUCAGCACACUUUUUACAACUUGCAGAAGGCUUUAUAAUGAGCUAACGAGUUAGAUCAGUGUGCCCAUAGCAAGUAAGAUGUAGGACUCUUCAGUGCUGUGGCCAAAGAGGACUAGGUUUAGUAACAGUUGCCCAGAGGUUCACUGUACUAAGCCUUUUCCUAUGCCAGGGGUUCUGAACUCCAGCCCUGGGGACCCUCAGCUGUGAUUUGGUUUCAGUUUUACUCCCCACCGUACAUGUUACCAAGUCUUUCAUGAGUUGUGGCAGGUGUGUUAAGGCAAGGAAAUGCUUGAAACUGCAUAUGCAGGGUGUCCCAAGGGGCUGGAGCUAAGGACCCCUGCCCCAUGCCAUCCGCUUGCUGAUUUUUCAACAUGCUGCUUUAGGUCUGCGUUACGUCUUGUAGCCUUUUUGUUUUAUGGGUCACUGUUGCCUGCUCUAAAGCUCGUUACAUCUGGAGUCAUCAUAGUUUUGUGUUGUGCUGCAAACAACUUUUUUUUUUCCUUAAAUCAGCACCCUAUAAACAAUUGCAUCGGGGGGGGGGGGCAAACUGAGUUGGCUGUAGCUGAGGAAUUGUCUUUUGAUUAUCAAACUUUCACCCCCAAUUUUUUUUUUUCCUCUCUUUUUUGGGACUCGAGAUUGGGGUUUUGAGGGUUUUUGGGCCAAAUGUAUUUGCAGUAAUGUGAAGUUUAGUCCUCUGGCCUUGCUUGUCCUGCACACAGUAUUAUGGCUAUUACAAAAGACAUGUUUUAUAGUCAUUUUCCUAUCAUCUACAUGGAAUGGUUUUACAACAUAAUAGUAGUAAGUUGGCGAAAGUUCACUAGACCCAUGGUAGGCUUGUGGAUUUUUAACCUAGUGAUUUAACUUUCGUUUGUGUUUAUAAGGCAUUGGUAAUAUUUCUGUACUCUAGUAUGCUUUUAGAGUUUGAGAUCUGAACCUGUUUUUUUCCCCCUAAAUCUAAUUGGUUAUUUUCAAAUGCCUUAUUGCAUUUGUCUUGAAAAGCCUAAGUUUGGACUUAACCAAAUGGGAUUGGAGUUUUGAUAAACAUCCUGACGGCAAAGGUAGUGUCACUCUGACCGUCUCGAGCAAGAUAAGAUAUCACAAGAUGUUAAGUGGAUGUUGGCUUGAACUAGGUUUUACAACUUCCUAUGGCCAAUGGCACAGGACAUGCAUGUAGGAUAAGACUGAGGUAGUGUCACAGCACUGCUCAGUGGGGUUGAAGUCCACACUUCCAGCCGUAACGUCAACAAAACAAAAGACUGGUUGGCCUAUGCAAAAGUCCUGAGAGCUGGUCUCAGCAGUGAGACCCCUCACUAACUGCUGGAGGAUAAACAAAAGCUCAGUUUCAGUUUUAGCAAAGUAGUGUGCAGCUUUAGUUGGAUGGUUUUGGUAUGAAAUUCUAUAUGCACAUAGUGCAUAGAUAAUUUCAUGUGUGAUGUUAAGAGGAUGUGGCUGACUUGAUGAGCUGUGAAGUUUUUAAUAAUUUUUCACAUGUUUUGACUGCAGAUCAUGCUAACGAGAGCUUGGGUUCAUCUUGGCUGCUCUGCAGAAAAAGCCAAGGUUGUUUUCUGUAACCUUGAUCGGUUUUGUUAGUGUCAGUCAAGUAGUCGCCGCAUAUUCUUGUCUGAAAAGCUUGUGGAUUUCAGAGACAAGAUUAGUGAUUCGGUUUUAAAUCUCCUUGGAGUCGGACGAGGUGUGAACUGCUCAAACCAUAACACCACGGCAUCAGGGGACACACACGGGCCCUCUGAUCUUCCUGUGGCCUCAGCCUGGCUUUUACAAUAGCUUGUAUCAGCCUUGACACCACAGGAGAAGCAGAAAGUGCAGCUGGAGCAGUCCCCACCCUCAACACACACCGCGUGAUGUAUGUAGAUUUCUUUCUGCCCAAGGCCACCUUGUUUAGUGUUUGCUUUUGGAAAUCGACUUAGAAGCUGAGACUUAUCCUGCGUGGUGCUGUCUGGGUCAUUCCAGGAUGAACCUAGAACGAAUGAGUGACGAGCUACAAUUAGGGUCUACGUUAGAGUGAAGAGGACUAGACAAGCAUAAGAUGGAUAGACUUCCUUUUUUUAUUAACAUAGACGAUUCAUUUUGAAAAUAUAAAGAUGGGACUCAGACCUGCUGGUUACCAAAAUGGCUGCCUUUUUUAUUUGAUUCUUUUUAUUAGUUCUAAAGGCUCUGCUAUAGGGUUGAUUCAGUAUAAUCCAGUCUAUUUAUAUCCCUGUGUGUAUGUUUUCAGCUCAUAAAUGUUCCUAAUUUACCAACUCGCCACUGCAGGGUGGCUGCAUUUACGUCCCAAAGGAUUUGCUGUCAUCCUUUAUUGGACCAUUAUUUAAAGGAUCCUGUUGGAAUGUUUAGAGCAUUUUCUCUGUUUUUUAAAGAUUAUCAAUGACCUGAUAUUUCUUUCAUGGACAUGGUCAUUGCUGAGCCUCUGUGGCCUUAAUGAGCCCUAAACUUUCAGUUUGGUUUUGAGAAGAAAUAAGCCCUCAGUUACAGCUAACUUGCAGGGAGGGGGUGGUAUUUAAACAUCUUUUUGUUUAUCUCAAGAAAAAUGUUAACCUUGUUUACUUAUGCACAUUUGCAUAGUUUAUUACCUAUUGUUUGGUUGGGUGUUUUAUAAAAAAAAUAAAUAAAAAAAAGUAGAGGUUGUUGUCAUAGAGGUGGUUAUAUGUGGUCACAGCAAGGCAUGCUUUGGUUUAACGUGUAGGUGCUCAUGGGCCAGCCAUGCAUUUUGACAUACCUUCUCUGUGCAAGAAGUGCAGGUAAAACAAAAGUACUUGGGUGUUUGUGUCAAACAUCAGGCAUGCUGAAUUUCGUUCCAUCUGUUAGAUUUAUUUUUUUGCCCUAGUAAAUUAGAUGCCUAGCAGAUGACUGUGUUAAUUUGUAAAUGACUAUAAAAAUGAAAUGUUGCACAGGCCUUCUGUCAUUGUGCAGUUACUGUCCCGUCAGCUGCAGAAUGUUCCUACAUUAACCCGAAACCCUCUCUGUUGUGCCUUCUUCUCUUCUCGUGCUAAAUGAAGUUGUUGUUGUUGUUGUUGUUGUUGUUGUUGUUGUUGUUGUUGUUGUUGUUCCCUUUUUCCUGGGCUCGCCUGGUCUCCCUUUCUCCAUUGGGAAGUCACUGAAGCAGUAUCAAUUGUUUGUGGAGUUACUAAGCAGUUUCAGUUAAUAAAUUUCAUGAGCAGUA